CUCUUAUAUUCUUACUUUCUGUUAGCUCCACAAAUAGAAAGUGAAAGACGAUCGAUUGUGUCGCGGCGAUUCUCUGUAAAAAGUCGCCGCCGGAGAUUCGUGGUUCUCGCCGAUCGUUUUCCGCCGGAUUUUUGUGCUUUUCCCCCCAUCUUACAUUCGUUGCGGUUUUAUCUUCUCUCUCUCCCUAUCUCUCCAAUUUUGAAAUUUCCUCCACUUGUCAAGUGAUAGUUCCAUCCCCGACACGAGUUUUGUUCGGUUUCUGGUAAUAAGAAUCAGUGACAGACAGCAUCUGCUUCACCCACCUUGUAAAGGUCUAGACUUUAGACGAAUAGAGUAGUCUGUGUUUUCGAUAGGUUUUUUUUGAGUGAUAACAGAGUUUGUAUUGUAAGAGAGGUGUGUAAUAAUGGGAGAUAUAACUUGGGUCGAAGAAGGUAACAGCAACCUGACCAGUUCCAGGAAAAGGAAAGCGAGACCCAAACGGUUCGAGUUUGUAGGAUGGGGUUCGAGACAGCUCAUCGAGUUUCUCCAAUCUAUUGGCAAAGAUACAACAACCAAGAUCUCCAGGUUCGAGGUCAGCGAGACUAUCUCGAGGUACAUUGCCGAGAACGGUCUCGUGGAUUCGUCGAGCAAGAAGAGAGCUACGUGCGACGAUAGGCUGAUGUCCCUUUUCGGGGUUAAGUCGAUACUGAGGAUCAAAGUGUAUGAUCUACUGGAAAAGCAUUACGAGGAGAACCGGGACGAUGCGGAUUUUGAUUAUCUGUACGAGGAUGAGGCGGCGCAGAUCGUGAGCCGUUCGGAGAAGGUGGUUAGGAUAAGGAAGGUUGUGAGGGAGAAACCUAGAGGUGGUGGUGCUUUUGCUGCAAUCGUGAGUGAGAAUGUCAAGCUUGUCUACUUGAGGAAGAGUUUGGUUCAGGAGCUGGUUAAGUCUCAGGACAGUUUUGAAGGUAAGAUGUUGGGAAGUUUUGUGAGGAUCAAGUCUGACCCUAAUGAUUACCUUCAGAACAACCCUUAUCAGCUUGUUCAGGUCGCAGGCGUGAAGAAAGAACCUGGGACUGAUGAUUUUCUCCUUCAGGUUACAAAUUAUGUGAAAGACGUUUCUAUCUCUGCGCUAUCUGACGAUGAUUUCUCCAAGGAGGAAUGUGAAGAUUUGCAUCAGAGAAUAAAGAACGGUUCUCCUAAGCAGCCUACAAUUGUGGAGAUGGAAGAAAAGGCUCGAAGUUUACAUGAAGAUCAGACUAAACACGACUUCAAAAGAAGCUAA